AUUUGUCAAUUUCUUCAAAUGUACUUGCCAUACAAAGGAAUUGAAAUUACGUUUCACACUGUCCCAUGCGUAGACAUUGACAACAAUAAGGUGCAGAUGCACAAAAAAAAAAAAAAAAAAAAAAACAGCCCUAACAAUAAAGUAAUAAAUAGUAAUAUAAUAAUAUAAAUAAUAUAAACAGUGCCAAAAGAAAUACCAAAAAUAUAUAUAUAGCUGCAGGUGUGUGCAAUUGCAAUGCAAGUCAGGAAUGUUUUCAGUUCCCGGUUCAGAGAGUGUUUCCUUGCUGGAGAGUGUGCGUGGGUGAGGGGGAGUAGAGUCCAAUCUGUCUUCCUAUACUUCUGCCAAUCUGGUGAUUCUGCUGGCUGGGAGUCGGGAGGGAAGAGAGUUCAGCAGUCUCACAGCCUGGUGGAUGAAGCUGUUGGUGAGCCUGGUAGUGCGGGAGUGGAGACUUCUGUAUCUCUUUCCAGAGGGCAGGAGGCUGAACAGACAGUGCGCGGGGUGGUAUAUGCGGUGACUGGCAGGAGGCGAAGAGUCUGCUGGAGCAGCAUCUCAGCACCUGUAGUCAGAAACAUUGGUUCUUCAUCAAAGGCGAAAGAAUGGAAAGCAUGUCGAAACCUCGGUCCAUUGAUGAUUGCAACAUAACCCAACCAGUUCCUGCAAGUAAAGAUGAACCUGUUGUGAUCCCUGUGGAGAAGACUUCUACCACUAUGAAGCAGGAGAGAAGACGACAGCGCAUUGACAGUGGGAACAGAAGCCUUACAUGCGAUCAGUGUGGAAAGGCUUUUACUCGUAAUAGCAGUUUAAAAAUACAUCAGCUCGUCCACACUGGCAUUAAACCAUUCAGCUGUGAUCAGUGUGGAAGGGCUUUCACUCAGAGUAGCAGCUUAAAAAAACAUCAGCUCAUCCACACUGGAUUUAAACCAUUCAGCUGUGAUCUGUGUGGAAUGUCUUUUUCUGACAAUGGCAAAUUAAAAAGACAUCAACUCGUUCACACUGGCAUUAAACCAUUCAGUUGCGAUCAGUGUGGACAGGCUUUCACUCAUAAUAGCAAGUUAAAAAAACAUCAGCUCAUCCACACUGGAUUAAAAGCAUUCAGCUGUGAUCAGUGUGGAAUGUCUUUUACUGUAAAUGGCAAUUUAAAACAACAUCAGCUCGCUCACACUGGAUUUAAACCAUUCAGCUGUGAUCAAUGUGACAGGGCUUUCACUCAGAGUGGCAGUUUAAAAAAACAUCAGCUCAUCCACACUGGAUUUAAACCAUUCAGAUGUGAUCAAUGUGGCAGGGCUUUCACUCAAAGUGGAAGCUUAAAAAGACAUCAGCUCAUCCACACUGGAUUGAAAGCAUUUAGUUGUGAUCAGUGUGGAAAGACCUUCACUGAGAAUGGCAACUUAAAACAACAUCGGCUCGCUCACACUGGAUUUAAACCAUUCAGCUGUGAUCAAUGUGACAGGGCUUUCACUCAGAGUGGCAGCUUAAAAAAACAUCAGCUCAUCCACACUGGAUUGAAACCAUUCAUCUGUGAUCAGUGUGGAAAAUCUUUUACUCUGCAUACAACCUUAAAAGAACAUCAGGCCAUCCACACUGGCAUUAAACCAUUUGUCUGUUGUCAGUGUGGAAAGGGUUUUGGUCGCAUGGAUACUUUAAGAAAUCAUCAACUAAUCCACACUGGAGUUAAUUCAUUUUUAAGCAGUCAGUGCUAAAAGG